AAAUCCGGAGGUGUCGCUUCAGAGGUCAAGCUGCGGGGCGCACGGAGCCGCGUCCUGGUGUGAUCUACUUAUUGAUCUCCGCCUUGCUUUCCACUGAUCCUCAUCCCUUUAUCAGCACAGUGAAGAAUGCAGUUAGAAAGCAUCCUCCCUGGCGCAUCUGUAAACUUACCCAAGACCUUCUACAACCUGUCUUCAUCCUCCGAAAGCACCAAUAACAGCCCGGGGUCAACGCAGAUCGACUUUCAGGACAUGGACCGGACGGAUUCGGAGCAGAGUUCUGGUGCCAAGAAGUUUCUGAUGGAUGAUGCUGACAGCGAGAGCUUUACCGGGACUAAAGCAGCAUCAGCAGCUGCCACCGCCGCACCGGACGCGCGUAAAAGUUCUCCGGUGAUCGGCGCGGAUGAUGAGCUCUCCAGCACCCGCAGAUACAACAUCGAUGAUCUGGGCACUGAUCGAUACUUCAUAUCGUCCUCCCAACCGAGUUCUGACGUGGCCAACCCGUGCUCUCUGUUCCCGUACGGAGGGCAGACUGGGUCGGUGUACAGUGGCUCGAAUGGCUCCCGGUAUUCGUCGUCUCUGCAUUACGGCUCGGUUCUUCCCCCCGCCGGGUUCUCAUCCGCCGUGUGUGCCAGCAGGAGUCAGUUUGGGGGUGGUUAUCAGUUCGGACAGGGUCCCGGGUGCCUGUACCCGUCAUAUCCCGGUCCAGGCUCCAGUCUGAGCUCGAUGCCCAUUCCGGGUUCUGGCUCCGCGGCGCGGGCGCAGGUUUACCUGUGCAACAGACCGCUGUGGCUCAAAUUUCACCGCCAUCAAACUGAGAUGAUCAUAACUAAACAGGGCAGGCGAAUGUUCCCCUUUCUGAGUUUCAAUAUCACUGGACUGAACCUGACAGCGCAUUAUAAUGUGUUUGUGGAGAUUGUUCUGGCCGAUCCGAACCACUGGAGAUUUCAGGGCGGAAAGUGGGUGACCUGCGGGAAAGCGGACAACAACAUGCAAGGAAACAAGGUUUAUGUUCACCCAGAAUCACCAAACACUGGGGCGCACUGGAUGAGACAAGAAAUAUCUUUCGGAAAACUGAAGCUAACCAACAACAAAGGAGCAAAUAACAACAAUACCCAGAUGAUUGUCCUGCAGUCCCUGCAUAAGUACCAGCCCCGGCUUCACAUUGUGGAGGUGACCGAGGACGGUGUUGAGGACAUGAGCAGCGAAGCUAAAACACAGACCUUCACUUUCCCUGAAAACCAGUUCAUCGCUGUAACGGCUUACCAGAACACAGACAUCACGCAGCUCAAGAUCGACCACAACCCCUUUGCAAAAGGCUUCAGGGACAAUUAUGAUUCGAUGUACACAGCUCCAGAGAGCGACAGACUGACGCCCUCUCCAACUGACUCUCCGCGGUCGCACCAGAUUGUCCCCGGCGCCCGCUACGCAAUGCAGCCCUUCUUCCAAGACCAGUUUGUCAACAACCUUCCCCAAAACCACCGCUUUUACGGCAGCGAGCGCGCCGUUCCCCAAACCAACGGCCUACUGUCUCCUCAGAGCGAAGAUUCGGCUGCGGGCUCGGCAUCGGCUCAGCGCUGGUUUGUGGGGCCGGUGCAACAAAGUGGUGCGACCACCAAACUGGAUCUGUCCUAUGACAGCGAGUACUCGGCCUCCAGUUUGCUUCCCUAUGGCAUCAAACCACUGCCGCUCCAGAGUCCACAUGCACUCGGCUACUAUCCUGAUUCUGCGUUUGCCUCCAUGGCAGCUGGAUGGAGCAGCAGAAGUUCCUACCAGAGAAAAAUGACCACCGGCCUGCCCUGGUCGCCCCGGCCGAGCCCUCCAGCGUACACCGACGACCUGCUGUCCUCCAAAGACAAGCUGCAGGAUGAAAACUCCACAGCGGCCCCUACAGCUGCCAGUACAGGCCCCUGGAUGGAGGCACCUCCGGUGCUGAAAAGCGUGGAUUCAGGCGACACCAGCGGUUACUCCAUGGCCUGUAAGCGGCGGCGCGUUUCGCCUGGAGGCUCCAGUACAGACGCUUCACCCACUAUAAAGUGUGAGGACUUGAGCUCUGAGGAGUACAACAAAGAGAGCCAUAAAGCCAUGGGUUAUUACGCCUUCUACACCAGCCCUUAAGAACUGCUUUUCAAGAUCCUUUAUCAACCCAUUCAUUCAUUCUCUCGAUCUCUAACUGGUUUUAUUUUCUUUAAAGUGAUCUUGCUCAUGUUGUGUUUUAAAUCUUUUUAAUCUGCAAGUGCCAAAGCUUAGCUGUGCAUUUUAUUUGUGAAAUAUGCUUCAUUUUAAUUGGGGGUUUUGGUCGCAGUUUUGUUUUUAAAAGCAUGCCAUUGAUUUGUUUUUUUUUUAUCUUAUUUUAAUUCUUUGAAAAGCCCUAUGUGAUGUUUUAUUUUUGCCUUUUUUUAUUUAAGAUCCCUCUGUUGUACAGUAUUUGUGCACUUUAGAUUGUGAUGUAUCUUGUACAAAUGUUCUCAUGGCACUGUUAUGAAAGGUGAAAUAAAAUGUGCUUUUCAUAUACUUUU